AUGUCUUUCAACAUCAACAAGAAAAAAUUCUUGAGAACACUCUUUUCAUCUAACAAAAGUUGUGGUUGCCUCAAAAUAAAACCCUCUAAUGUCCUUGAACCCUCCCUAAGACCUAAAAUCUCCAUUUACCAAAACCAAAAUAAAAACCCUAGCAGCUGCACUUCCUCCGCCACCACCGACGAUGACGAUGAUAAAGUUUUGGCUUCCAGUCCCGUUUGUGAAGCCAAAACUAUUCGUCACAACAACAAUACUAUUUUAAAAUCAGGUGCAAAGCUCGUCGAUAGCAUUGCCGUCGAGAAGGAAUCCGAGGAUCCAUACGAAGAUUUUCGAAACUCAAUACUUCAAAUGAUAUUGGAAAGAAAGAUCUACACGGAAAGAGAACUCGAAGAGCUUCUUGAAUGUUUUCUUCAGCUUAAUGCAAAGUGUCACCAUCAAGUUAUUGUUGAAGCGUUCAUGGAGAUAUGUGAAGAAAUAUUCCCUAAGAAGCUUCAAGGUGAAGGUGAAGAGUCUCAAAGUAAUGAUAAUCAAAUCGUUGGAAAGAGUUAG